AUGUUGAAGGAGGCUGAAGCGGUCGUUGUUGGCCAAGGACUCGCCGCCAGUGAUUUGGUCACGCAGCAGAGAUCAUGGAAGAGCUAUGUAUGGGACACAUUCGAUAAGCCGGCCGAGGAGCGGAAGUUUCUGUUCAAACUCGACGCUGGAAUUCUUACCUUCACUUGCCUGGGGUACUUUAUCAGAUUCCUUGAUCAGGCAAAUAUCAAUAAUGCCUAUGUAUCUGGAAUGAAAGAAGACUUGAAUAUGCUGGGCAAUCAGUAUAACUACGCCGUCACACUUUGGACCAUCGGCUAUAUCAUUGGCGAAAUACCUAGCAACCUCAUCCUUACCAAGAUUCGGCCAUCGAUCUGGAUUCCUGCCCUGGAGCUGAUAUGGUCAAUCUUGACGCUAUGUACCUGUCGAGUCACUACUGUCCAUCAACUGUAUGCGUUGCGCUUCCUGGUAGGUUUAGCUGAGGCGGGAUUUUUCCCUGGCAUUCUCUACAUGCUUGGUUCUUGGUAUGGGAGAGAUGAACUUGCCAAACGCUCCAUCAUAUUUCACGUUUCUGGUUCAAUUGCUACAAUGUUUUCGGGUUACCUCAUGGCUGCGGUGAUUAGCCUAGGAGGAAGACACGGUUAUGCAGGCUGGCAAUGGCUGUUUAUCAUUGAUGGCGUUAUUUCCCUGCCAAUUGCCAUCUUAACAAUUUUCUUCUUACCUGACCAACCCCAUAACACCCGCGCCUGGUAUCUGAACGCAAGGGAUAGAGAAAUUGCAUUGGAACGGGUUCAAAGAAUUGGCCGCGCAGGGGGCAUUGGCCAGCCAAUGUUCUCGUUUUACUUGAAGGCAUCGAAGCACCCAAAAUACACGAUCAGCCAGAUCAACACUUAUCCCACGACCACAGCUGCAGUGAUGGUUGUUGCUGAGCUAUUGUACUCGUGGGUCUCUGAUGGCCCCCUGAAUGGGCGAAGAUGGCCAGUCAUGGUCUUCGCAGCAGUUUUCCAGCAGGUAAUCUGGAUUUCACUGCUCGUGUGGAACAUCCCCAAAGGGUGGCUCUGGUUUUGUUAUAUUGUCAUGCAACAGGGUAUUGCAUUGGUACCACUGAACCUGAUCUGGGUAAACGAGGUGUGCUCUGAUGAUACGGAAGAGCGGGCCCUCAUCAUCGCCGUGGUCAACACUAUACAAUACGUGCAGGGUGCAUGGCUUCCACUCCUUAUUUGGAAAGUUACCGACGCCCCAGAGUACAAGAAAGGCUUCCCCACGGCGAUUGCAUUCACCGCCGUAGUCACAGGAGUUAUUUUCCUUAUCAGGCACCUGGCAAACAGGGAUAACAGACUGUAA